CAACAAUGAAAUUGAUUUUAGCUUUCGCCGCUCUCGUUGCCGUAGCUUUGGCUGCCCCACAAUACCAGAACGAUAAGGAUGCUUACGUCGUGAGGCAAGAAUUAGAUAACAUCGGCGUCGAUGGAUACCAACAAGCUUAUGAAACCAGCAACGGAAUCUCUGCCUCUGAACAAGGACAAGUCAUCAACGCUGGCCAAGAAAACGAAUCCAUCGCCGUCCGUGGACAAUUCUCCUACGUAGGACCAGAUGGUGUCACCUACACUGUAACCUAUAUUGCCGAUGAGAACGGUUUCCAACCACAAGGCGCUCACAUCCCAAAAGAUGAUCACUAA